CGCAUGCUUACAGUUUGGCUGGACAGGUGGCUCAGUUUUGCUGGCAGCCAUGAGGAUCCUACCAGUCGUGAUUCUCACCUUGAUGGCGGUCCAUUCGGGCUGCGGCAAGAGGCAGAGCAAGAAAGCCAAGGACAAGGGUCCUUGUGAUAAGCCGUAUCUCAGGGAGCUAAACGGAAAGUGCUUCUACAUGGGCACCAAGAAGAUCAACUGGUUCGGCGCCCAGAACAACUGCCUGCGCAAGGGCCUCAACCUGGCCGACGUGUCCACGGUGGAGGACUUCAAUGCGGUGGUCCACUACAUAACGUCGCAGGUGGGCUUCGACGACAUCUGGUUCGGCGGCAAUGAUCUGCAGUCGGAGGGCCGCUUCAAGUACAUCAGCAGCGGGAAACUGGUGCGCUACAUGGGCGAAUCCCCCAUAGUGGAGCCGACGCAACGCUCCAACCUGGACGACUGCCUGGAGAUCAGAGUGCGGCCCAACAAGACCGUCGUCCUGGACGUGAACUGCCAGGAGAAGAAGUACUUCAUCUGCCAGCAGAACCAGCUCAAGUGCGCUGUUCCCACGGAGGACACCGGGGAGGGUCAGAAGCACAGCCACGAGCACUUGCACCACUUCCACCACGAUGCGGGCAAGAAGGAGAAAAAUGAGGAGGGGAUCAAAGAGCAAAGUGUGGAGAGCGAUUCACGGCCAGCUGACAAUUCGAAUUCAACGGAAAUCGGGGUCUCGGAGGAGAAAAACCCGGAGGGCGAGACGACUGCAGGUGCUGGUGGUGGCACCACGGAGCCGGUGUUCGAGAACGGCAUGGGAAACGCCGGGGCAACCAAUGCCGCGGAGGGCCAAACGGUGCCGCCAGGCGGAGGCACGGGUGCACCCGCGGCGGCCGAAGCCACUGGAGCAGCCACGCCCGCUCCGAAUGCGGCGGCUGCGGAAGGCGCCACGCCGGCGGCAGCUGCACCAGCGGAAGGAGCUCCAGCCGCCGAGGCCGCCACUCCUGCACCCGAAGGCGGAGCAACACCUGCGCCGGCGGCCUGAACGCACUGACCCACCAACCGGGCGGACCAAUGGACAUCUAGCGAAUCGAGGAAUGUUUGAGCAUGCAGCAAAUAAAUUUGAGUUUUAACAAUAUGAAGA